AGACUCCAAUCAUGUCGACCCUCCUCAGCACCAUCAACACCAUCAUCUUCAUGGCUUCCCUACAGAGACCUAACUGAUGAUGGAUCUGUUCGGCAGAGGAGAGCUGGGGCUGCUGGGAGGCGGAGAGGGGUUGAGAGAUGACGUGGGCGUAUCUGGGAUCAGCUGGUCGGCCAAUCGGCUGCCGGAGGACAUGUACCCGGCGUCGGGAUUGGCCCUGGCUGCGGCCUAUCAUGACAUCAAGACCCGGCUGGCCAGUCUGGAGAGGGAGAACAGCAGCAUCAAGAGGAAACUCAAACACUACGAGGUCAAGUUUCCCAUGAUCAGUGAAUUUGGAGAGGAGAGGAUAGUGUGUUGCUCCUGUGAGCCCAUCAUCAAGGACACCAGCGUAAUCCAAUCAGAGACCACCAACCUACAACAGAGGAUCAACUCUCUCACUCAGGAGCUUCAGAAGAGUAAGGAGAGGGAGGAGAGGUUGGAGGAAGUCAUCCAGGCUUAUGAGAAGAUUCACCUGGAGAAAAGCAAUGUCCAGAGAGACCUAGACAAGAUGACGACUCUAGCAGAGCAGCACGUGGAGAGGAUCUGCAGUUUGGAGUCGGCUCUGAGACAGAGAGAAACUUCCAUUCAGAAGCUCAGUGCUCAGCUCCGCAGCAAAGAUGCCCAUCAGUCUCAGCUCCACGCCAGCCUGGACGUACCCAGAGAGGGUCGCGGGCCGACGCUGCAGAGCUCACGCAGCCUGGACGCCCUGUCGGACCUGAAGCUGCAGCGACUGGAGGCCGAGCUGGAGGGGGCUCGGCAGGAGGCUGAGGGAGCCUGUGAGAGGGAGAAGGAGCUGAGGGCUGAACUCCAGAGGCUGCAGCAGGAGGUCGCUCAGCUACAGGAAGUGCAAAGACAGUCACAGGAGCUGCCCCCACACUGUGAGCACUGUGACGUAGAAUGGAUAAAGAAAGCCGGGGAUGAACAAGUGAACCUAGCGUUAGCCUACACCGAGCUAACCGAGGAGCUGGGUCGGGUUCGCGGCCUGGCUGCAAAACAGAGUGACCUUUUACGGCACGUCUCACAGGAGCCUGUCUCUCGUCCUCCACCGACUCCUCAGCGCCUCUCCCCCACCUCACCCCAACGCCCCUCACUCUCCCCCGACAGGCUUCUCCCCGCCCCCUCUCCUCCCCUGUCCCUGUGUGACGGCCCUGCCUCCUACUCUCAUCAGCCAACGAGCAGCCGUCUACGAGCGAAGUUCCAGGGUCGCCGUAGUUACUCUGAGGUAUCUGACCCAUCAGCCAUCCAGAGACCCCACGCACGCCUGAUGAGGGACCCAGUCUCCACCCUCCCCAAGCCCAGGCCCCUCCUGGGCGAGACGCAGGGUUACAGCCAGACCAAACCUCAGCUCCGUACCAGCUUGGUGGGCCUGGUCAGACCGGCCUCAGCUCACGGAGCUGGAGGCGAGAGAGGGGGAGGAGGCGGAGGAGAGAGAGGCGGGGGCAGCAGUUUGAGCAGCAGUCCUCAUCACUGUGCUCUGGACCUGGGCUUUCCGAUGGCUGCUGAGGUGCAUCACUUCUGUCACCUCGACGACCCGCCUGAGCCCACCCCACUGGUGACACCACCACAGUCCUCUGAUGAAGAAGAGGACGUUUGCACGUACCUAUCGCCGGCUGCCAGCCCGCCCCGGACCCUGGGCGCAAUUGGGAUCAGCUCAUCGUCACCCCGAGAACAGCCCCUCCACCCCUCGUUCUCGUCUCCAAGGAAACAGCCCCACCAUCCCUCCUUCUCGGCCCCUGAGGGCCCUGCCACCCUCUCCUGCCAUCUGCCUCCCUACAUGAACACAGAGCAUGCUCAGUCAUGGCCUUCCAUUAACCUAUGGAUGGAGUCAGAGGAGAGCGCCGUUCGUAGCUGUCCUUUGUGUCAGCUGACCUUCCCGACUGGUUACCCUGACGACGCCCUCAUCAAACACAUCGACUCUCACUUGGAGAACAGCAAGAUCUGAUUUUUUUUUUUUUUUUUCACUCAUUUCCACCUGAGAUGGGCACCAGACCCAUACUGAUUGUUUUCCUUUGAGUUUUGAUCCAGAAAUGGUUUAAUGAGCCUGCAUGCUUCUUUCAGCGCUCCCUGUGGAACUCAUCCAGCCUUCCAGUCACAGAUCAGGGCUGUUUUUACCCAUCAGGCUCAAGUGUUUAUCAUUUCAUUUCCAAACUGAAAAUCUCCUCAUCUUUGCUGACUAAGGACAUACAUACAUUGCCUAAUAUCUCUCACAAAGCACCGUAUCUUUAUCUUUUCAUAACCAGCCUCUUCAUUUGUACAUAGACCUGAGAGCUGAAGGAAUGGCAGCUGUAGAAAAGACAAUAGUGCUGAACAUCUCGGAUUCAGUGACAGGAGCUGCUGAAGCUCCUCUGGUAACCUCUGAUAUUGCUGGUGUGAGAGCAGUCGUGGAGACAGGAGACGUGCUGGAAAACGUACCGACA